UUUCCCUGGGGCUGGAGGAAAGGGGAACCGAGGAUAGCGAAUCUGCAGGAGAGAAUCUGUUGGCUGUAAAAACAAGCAAGAAGUCAGCUGAUUUAUUGGGCGGCUCGGCGUUGACAGCUCCAAGUGUUGCUUUGGCUUCCGAGGAAAGAGAAAUCCUGCUGAAGAAUAUGAAGAAAAACCGAGAAAGAUUCUGCAACAAGGAAAGAGAAUUCGUGUACAAGUUCAAGGUAGGAAAUGAGCGCUUCGAACUGAGAGUGCCCCUCAGGUUUCCUGUGGACGAGAAUGCCAGCCAUUUGCAUGGACGUCUGAUGCUGCUGCACAAUUUGCCCUGCUUCAUAGAGAGUGACUUAAAAGAAGCUCUGAGCCGGUUUGUAGAAGAAGAAUCCCUCAGAGACCAUGACAGACAUGCCGAAGCAUCCUUGGAUGCUGUGAAGUCAGGUGAAGUAGAUCUGCACCAGCUGGCAAGUACAUGGGCCAAAGCUUAUGCUGAGACUACCUUAGAGCAUGCCAGGCCUGAGGAGCCGAACUGGGAUGAAGAUUUUGCAGAUGUGUACCAUGACCUGAUCCAUUCCCCAGCCUCUGAAACUCUCCUUAAUCUGGAACAUAAUUACUUUGUUAGCAUCUCAGAACUGAUUGGUGAAAGAGAUGUGGAGCUGAAAAAAUUACGAGAGAGACAAGGUAUUGAAAUGGAAAAGGUGAUGCAGGAGUUGGGGAAAUCACUCACAGAUCAAGAUGUCAAUUCACUGGCUGCCCAGCAUUUUGAAUCCCAGCAAGACUUGGAGAAUAAAUGGUCCAAUGAGCUGAAGCAGUCAACAGCUAUCCAGAAGCAAGAGUAUCAGGAGUGGGUGAUAAAACUUCACCAGGACCUAAAGAACCCCGACAACAGCUCCCUCAGUGAGGAAAUUAAAGUCCAGCCGAGCCAGUUCAGAGAGACUGCAGAUGCCGUUGGGAGGAUUUAUGAGGAGCAGAGGAAACUGGAAGAGAGCUUCACUAUUCACCUGGGAGCCCAGCUGAAGACCAUGCACAAUUUGCGAUUGCUGCGGGCAGACAUGCUGGACUUCUGUAAGCAUAAAAGAACUCCUGGGAGUGGUGUGAAGCUCCACCGGCUCCAGACAGCACUGUCACUCUACUCCACAUCUCUCUGUGGCCUGGUUUUACUAGUAGAUAAUCGAAUCAAUUCAUACAGUGGCAUCAAAAGAGAUUUUGCCACAGUUUGCCAAGAAUGCACGGACUUCCACUUCCCACGGAUUGAAGAGCAACUGGAGGUCGUCCAGCAGGUGGCGCUGUACGCAAGAACCCAGCGCAGGAGCAAGUGCAAAGAGGCUCGGGAUUCUGGAAACCAAAACGGAGGAAGUGAUGAUAAAUCUAAGAAUUCUGAGAGAAACUAUUUGAAUAUUUUACCUGGAGAAUUUUAUAUUACACGUCAUUCUAAUCUCUCUGAAAUCCAUGUUGCUUUCCAUCUCUGUGUGGAUGACAAUGUGAAAUCUGGAAAUAUCACUGCUCGGGAUCCUGCUAUUAUGGGACUCCGAAAUAUACUCAAGGUUUGCUGUACCCACGACAUCACAACAAUAAGCAUCCCUCUCUUGCUGGUUCAUGAUAUGUCAGAGGAAAUGACUAUACCCUGGUGCUUAAGGCGAGCAGAACUGGUAUUUAAGUGUGUCAAAGGUUUCAUGAUGGAGAUGGCUUCAUGGGACGGAGGAAUUUCUAGGACAGUGCAAUUUCUGGUACCACAGAGUAUUUCUGAAGAAAUGUUUUAUCAGCUAAGUAACAUGCUCCCCCAGAUCUUCCGGGUCUCCUCAACACUCACUCUGACAUCCAAGCACUAAACCCUAACAUGUGACCAAAGAGGUUUCUCAACUCUCCGGGAGCAAGAACUGUGCUGGAAUCCUGUCAAGCAAAAGGUGCCCAGUGGAACCUGCAACUCAACCACCUGUCAAAUUAUGAUGGACCUUGUCAAACAUUCCAAAAAUGUGUGUAUUCUGCAGCCUAGAGAUCAGCUCGCAACUGAAGCAUUUACUCAGAAAGCCCCUUCAUGAAAUAAUACCUCUUUUUUUCCUACUUAUAUGUCCCAUCUAUGAAUGAUAAUGUUAAAAUUUAAAGUGUUUAUUAAACGUGGACAUAAAUCAGUA